AUUAUUGAAAAUGGCGUCCUCUUCAUGUUCCUUAAUUGUUUUGUUCUGCUUUCAUGGCUAGGGACAAACCUAUCCAUCUAUCGUAAUUAAAUCUGAUGGCAAUGUAAGGCUUCAAGACAAAAUGAUUUUAUAUUUUAUCGAGGAAAGCUUUGAUUCAUUAUUAGUUUAAACGGGACGAUAUGUUUUGAUCGGUUGUCAUGGAACACUGCGGACAGUACACGAUCCUUGGAAACAUUGGCGAGGGAGCUCAUGGAAUUGUUUUCAAAGCUAAGCACAUUGAGAGUGGCGAAGUUGUUGCUUUAAAGAAAGUUCCAUUGAGAAAGAUUGAGGAUGGCAUACCAAAUACUGCGUUGAGAGAAAUUAAAGCAUUACAAGAAAUAGAAGACAACCAAAAUGUUGUCAAGUUGAUUGAUGUGUUCCCUUAUGGCACUGGAUUUGUGCUGGUGUUUGAGUACAUGCUCUCUGAUCUGUCUGAAGUCCUGCGCAACUCUGCCAGACCCUUGACUGAGGCUCAGAUCAAAAGCUACAUGCUGAUGUUGUUAAAAGGUGUAGUGUUUUGCCAUGAGAACUCUAUAAUGCAUAGGGAUUUGAAGCCUGCAAACUUGCUCAUCAGUUCUACUGGACACCUUAAGAUAGCAGACUUUGGUCUUGCUAGGGUAUUUUCCAAUGAUGGCAACAGACAAUACAGUCAUCAAGUGGCUACAAGAUGGUACAGAGCCCCUGAACUGCUGUAUGGAGCAAGGAAAUAUGAUGAAGGAGUUGAUCUCUGGGCAGUUGGUUGUAUUUUUGGAGAGCUCCUCAACAAUUCUCCACUUUUUCCAGGUGAAAGUGACAUUACACAGCUUUACUGUGUACUUCGAGUAUUGGGAACUCCCAGUCAAGGACAGGGAAUGACAGAACUACCGGAUUACAACAAAAUCGUUUUUCCUGAAAUGCCGCCAAUACCUCUAGAGAAUAUUGUUCCUGAUGCUUCACCAGAGGCGAUAGAUUUGCUGAAACGCUUCUUGGUGUAUCACUCUAAAGAGAGAAUUUCCGCAAAAGAGGCUUUAUUACAUCCUUAUUUUUUCACGGAGCCUCUUCCAGCUCACCAUUCUGAACUACCGAUCCCAGCACGCAAUGCGCGGAAGACAUCAGGACGAGGCCCAUUACGUCAUACUUUUGACAUUGAUGUUCCUCUGGAGAAAUCUCUUGUUAAUCCUGCGUCCCUUGUACAUAAUGUUGUAGGCAUGCCCGAUUUUCACACUUGAGAUCUUUUAAAUUUUAUCCAAAAGAAUUGACUUUUUAUGGAGCAAGAAAAAGCUAAUGGAGUAAUUUUCAAUUAAAAGUCGGAAGUAAUCCUGAAUUGCUUUGAUUUUGCUUUACUUCGCCUUAUGAUUGGUCCGGAGCAGUCGUGCCAAUUUCUCAGUCAAUCAAAUUCAAAGCUAAGGAAAGCCAGUAAGGGCGGUUGACUUCAAAAAAUGUUAAGUCGGAUUUUCCGUUCCUUUCCGAUCGAGUUAGACCUUUUAGAGCUCAAAAUGAAAAGAAACAAUGCUAUAGAAAACUCUUCUUGGAAAAGAAUGGAUAAAAAGUCUUACAAGCGACAGAAUGAGCUUUCGAGUCAACGACACUUCGAUUCACCGAAGUGAUACGAAUUAUUGCCAUUGGUGAAAACUGAACUUUCGAACUUUAAGCCCAGUGGCAAUUUGACGAUUCCAAAGCCUGUUAGAUAUUAUGUGUAAAUGAUGAUAUGUCAGGAAAGUAUUUUUUAAGAGAAGAUUUUGUCGAAGCUUACAAAUGUCAGAAUUUCCAACAUAACGUUACCAAAUUUUCUGGUUGUGAAGUCAAGUAAAUAACGAUCGGCUAGGCGUGGUGAAUUCUACAGCGUGGGUUUCUUACACUGAAGAAGUUCGUGCGUUUUUCGUUUUCAACGGCAAAUA